CUAUAGAUUGAUACAUUUGUAAGUAGAUUAAAGAGAAUAAGGCGAGUGACUAAAUAAAAGCUUACAAAAUGUAAAAGGGCGAUAUUAAAGCGUAGCAAAAGUAAGUAAACGCUAACGCUGAGAAACACUUUGAUCAGCGAGUGGCAAUUUGAGGAGUUUGGCUGAUUCGGGAAGUGGACACAGUAUAGAAAUGGGGAAGAGCAAUAAACCGGACUCACUCUCCUUCCAAAAAUACGGAGUUCCUUUCUACUCUGCAGCUUGGGUUCCCUACAAACUAGUUAGAUCCAAACUCCAAUCUUCUCACUCCGACCACGAAAACGAUCAUGAGGAGAUCGCCGAUCAAUACUACGUCCUUCUCGCUGGAGGUGGUGGCGAAGGUCGUAGCGGUAUCCCAAACGCCCUCGUUCUCUCCCGUUUCGAUUUCACCUUCAAUUCUCUCUCUCCCCAGCCUGUAGCUAAGCUUGGAACUGGUUCUGAUUUGCCUUAUAGAAUGGUUGUUCAUCCUGGCGGAGAUGGACUAGUAUGUGCAUUGCCAAACAGCUGCCGGUUUUUUGAGUGGGAUGAAGUCAAGGAUAAUGAAGCUCACAAAUUGGGUCUAAAAGAGUCAGAAAAAGCACUGACUCAGUUAGAAGACGUUGGACAACAAUUAGCAUUGGCCUUUAACAGUGAAAGUUCUGCACUUGCUGUAGGUGGCGAGGAUGGCAGAUUAAGGGUUUUCAAGUGGCCCAGCAUGGAGAUAUUUCUCAAUGAGGCUGAAGCUCAUCCUUCCUUAAAGGACUUAUGUUUCAGCCCUGAUGGGAAAUUUCUUGUAUCCUUGGGAGGCCGUGGCCCUGGUAGGGUUUGGGAUGUCACUUCUUCAACAGCAGUAGCUUCCUUAUCAAAGGAGAAUGAUGAGGUUUUUGCCUCUUGCAGAUUUUCUCAAACUACUGAUCAGACUCAGGUUCUUUACAUUGCUGCCAUAACAGAUAAGGGUGGAAGUAUUGUAACAUGGGAUGCAAGCUCAUGGAAUAGAAUUGGCUCAAAGCAUAUAACUCGUGAUGGAAUUUCUUCGUUCAAUGUCUCACCUGACGGAAAGUUCCUCGCAGUGGGGACAAGUCAAGGAGAUGUGCUCCUCCUAAAUUCAACCAGGGUGCGGGUUCAAAAAGUGGUUAGGAAAGCACAUCUUGGCAUGGUAACAGCAUUGGCAUUCUCCCAUGAUUCAAGGGCUCUGGUGUCUGCAUCCUUGGACUCGAGCGCUAGGGUGACACUAGUUCAGGACGUGAAAAGUGGAGGAUUAAGCUUGUGGUUGAUUAUAUUUGUAAUAUUGCUUGCAAUGGUUGCAUAUUUCAUGAAGAAUGAAGGACUUCUUCCUUUUCUUGGCUAGAAUUCAGUGGCUGCAUCACUUAUGUUAGAUUUCUUUUAACGUUGUCAUCACAUGGAAGCAGAGAUAUGAAAAUGUUGUAAAUGAUAAACUCACAGCUUAUCAGGUGCAAUCAUUAUUUGAAUUGUUCUGAAUGUAGUGUUGUGGCUGAUGGAUGGUUGCUGAUAGGGUGAGCCCCAGCUCAGGCUGAACCUAUCAAAGAUUGAUCCAUUUACAGCACCAACAAGAACAGGAAUACUGGAACGGUUUAUUUAUAUGUGGUUUGAUACAUUCCUGUACAGACCUCAAGUCGUCACUGGUUAAUGAAAUAACUUUUAGACAUUCA